AGAGAAUUGUUGGCGCUCGAUCGCUCACCUUGAGCGGAAACCACGCCGGGUCAGUAAACAAGGGAGGAGACGGGCGUUCGUGAACGGGGAUGCGCGCUCCCGAUAUUAAACCUCUGACGCCUUCAUCCGGGGACUACAACAAACUCGCUCUCCAACAUGGCGGCGUCAGCUAAGAAGAAGAAUAAGAAGGGGAAGACCCUCACUCUCACUGAUUUCCUGGCCGAGGAUAGUGGAGGCAGCGCUGCCCCAAGCUACCCGACAAAGUCUACAAGCUGGGCUGAUGAGACAGAUGAUCUGGAUGGAGAUGUUUCCACUUCCUGGCACACAGAGGAGGAUAACUUUCGGGCACCACCCAUUGACAGGUCCAUCCUGCCCACAGCCCCCCGUUCAGCCCGUGAGCCCAACAUUGACCGGUCCAAGCUGCCGCGCAGUCCACCGUACACAGCGUUUCUGGGGAACCUCCCAUAUGAUGUCUCAGAGGAGUCUAUCAAAGACUUCUUUCACGGCUUGGCAAUCAGUGCGGUGCGUCUGCCCCGCGAGCCCAAUAACCCUGACCGGCUGAAGGGCUUUGGGUAUGCAGAAUUUGAUGAUGUAGAGUCGUUCCUGCGGGCAUUGAGCCUGAGCGAUGAGAACCUGGGCAACAGAAGGAUCCGUGUUGACAUUGCUGACCAGUCUAAUGAUAAAGAGAGGGAUAAUGGGCCCAUGGGUGGUCGAGACAGGGGUGGACGAAUGGCUGAUAUGGGCCCAGACAAGACGGACAGUGACUGGAGAGCACGACCAAGUGUAGACAGUGAUGAUGGUCCUCCUCGAAGAGAUGAUGCCUUUGGAGAGAGAUCACGAGAUCGCUACGAGUCGGAUCGUUUCAGAGAUGGACCUCGACGGGACAAUGAUCGCUAUGACAGAGGAGACCGGUACCGUGAUCGUUACGAUGACAGAGACCGCAGAGACUACGAUAGAGGAGGUUUUGACUCUCGUGGUGGAGGUCGUCGCCCCUUUGGCAGUGGCUUCCGUCGCGAUUAUGAUGAUAAUCGAGGUAGCAAUGAUCGCUAUGGCGACAGGGAUCGCUAUGGUGACCGCGAUGACCGGUUUGAAAGGCGCGAUGAUCGAGGUCUUCAGCAGAGACCCAAGUUGAACCUAAAGCCUCGUAGCAUUCCCAAGGACGAUGACGGUAGUGGUAGCAAUUCCUCAGCAGCAGCUCAACCUGCCAGCGCCAGGUCCUCGUCCAUCUUUGGAGCUGCUAAACCUGUUGACACAGCAGCGAGGGAGAGGGAAGUGGAGGAGAGGUUGAAGAAGGAGGAGGAGAGGCUGCAGAGGCAAAUUGACGAAGACAAGGGUCGAGGACCGGACAGAAAAAUGAGAGACAGGGAUCGGGACCCUAGCUGGCGCAAUGAAGAAAAUCGCUCAGAGCGGUCCCGUGCAGGAAGUGAGUCUUCGAACCUUGGUGGCUCAUCUGGUAGAGCAUCAAGGUGUCGAGAUAGCGAUCGCACUGUGGAGAAUGAGGAUCAUAGUGGGAGAGAAGAGGAACCCUCAUCCCCCGUUUCCUCCUCUCGACCACCAACCAACAGCUCCCCCAAGGAGCCCCUGAAGGUGAUGCCUGCUCCUCCUCCCAAGGAGAACGCCUGGGCCAGGAGAAGUGCGGCUAACAUAGGCUCGAGUGAGAAUGAUGGUCGGUCCCCAGUGUCACCGAGCGGGUCGCUCCCUCCCAAGAUCAGCUCCUCCAGUUCUACAGAAGAAAGGGGAUCUGGAAAGGAUGAGAACAAGACUGAUGGUGUGCAUCGGGACCGGGGGCCCCCGCGGGCAAGAGGGGGGCCAACAGGGCCCUCAGCUGGCCGGGGCCGAGGAGAUGGCCCCAGCAAAGACCGAAGAAAGGAGGCAGACAGAAAGGAUAUCAGAAGAGACCGAGACUCCAGACCGCCACCAGAGCCAAAGAAAUACGAAGAAACCCCAACCCCCAAGUUCAGCUCAGCCAGUAAGUACGCUGCCUUGCUAAUGGACGGAGAGGACGCUGACGAGACCGCUGAUGUUGAAUAAACCAUGGCAUGAAGAGGGGCGAAUGACCAACGCAACCAAUGUCGCAUAGCUUCUAAACUAUCUUCCCGCAAGGAAGAGCCUCCUGGGAGAAGAUCACUUCUCCCUCAUCCAACCCUAAGCUACACUUUCAAGCCUCCCACCCUUCCCCCGCGUCACCCCAAGGACUUUCAGGUUCCAAACAAUACUGGACUUGUUUUAAUGGAGUCAUGGUGCAGUGAUGGAGAACAAGGAAUCAUUGUAAUAAAUAAAUGAAGAAGUGGGGAAAAAUGAAAAUUGUAUAUUUGUGGAUCCCUGCUAAGGUAGGGUCUUGUAGCUGACUAAAACAUUUUUUUUUAAUUUGUAUAAAUCUUUUUUUUUUUCAUUUAUUAAAAAGAACACAAAAUAGCCAUCAUUGGCGUUUUAUGAAGAAUGACUAAAUCACUCCUAGCAAAUUUGUUGAUCGAGAACUAGCCAUGAAUCAUGUCUUCCAGCGCUAAUGGUCCUAAUUCUGAAACUAAUGUCCAGUUUAAAAAAAAAAAAAAACAUGUAUCGCUGCAUCAACAAGCGUUUGAUCUGUACUGAGCUGAUUGUUUUGUUCUGUCUGAGGAACCAGUGUUGCAGCGGUGAAUGUCGGCGCAGAAAGCUGUCAGGCAGUCAAGUGCCAUUGUUCUUUCCCCAAGCAUUGUACAGAUGUCUAUUUCUACACCCUCUGAAUGAUCUCGAUUAAAGCUCAUAUGGUCUCAUUUCCAGCUGUUA